AUGUGGACGAGUUUCUCGCUCGGAUCGGCGAUCGAUACGAGUGUGUGCUGUUCACGGCCAGUCUUUGCCAAGUACGCCGAUCCGGUCGCUGAUCUUCUCGACAAGCGCGGAGUGUUUCGAUCUCGGUUGUUCAGAGAGGCGUGCGUCUAUCACAAGGGAAACUACGUUAAGGAUUUGGCGAGGCUCGGUAGGGAUUUGAGUAAAGUUCUGAUAAUUGACAACUCGCCAGCUAGUUAUUCAUUUCAUCCGGAAAAUGCGAUUCCGGUCCCGACGUGGUGGGACGAUCCGUCGGAUGUCGAACUGCUCGACAUAUUGCCGCUUUUAGAACGUCUCGAGAAAGCCGAAUCAAUCUACGAAGUACUGAAACACGAGGACGCACCGUCAGAGCCGUUGUUAGAGCGAGCGCAAUGA